UCCUCUCUCCGCCUUCUCGGGGUCGUCCCUUGGGGGAUCAAAGGAUCAUGAGCCGCUGGGUGGCCGCUUGGCUUCUGCUGUGCUUGAGUCUCGGACCCGCGUCGUUCGCCAAAGGGGAUGUAUGUGAUUCCAACCCCUGUGAAAAUGGAGGCAUCUGUUUGUCAGUGUCGGAUUCUGACUUCUAUUCCUGUGAGUGUCCCGAUGGCUUCACAGAUCCCAACUGUUCUAGUGUUGUGGAGGUUGCACUAGAUGAAGAAGAGCCAACAUCAGCAGGGCCCUGCAUUCCUAACCCCUGCCAUAAUGGUGGAAUAUGUGAAAUUAGUGAAGCGUACAGAGGAGACACGUUCAUAGGCUAUGUCUGUAAAUGUCCAGAGGGAUUUAAUGGGAUCCACUGCCAGCACAAUGUGAAUGAAUGUGAAGCUGAACCCUGCAAGAACGGUGGCAUUUGUACAGAUCUCGUGGCUAACUAUUCCUGCGAGUGUCCCGGUGAAUUUAUGGGAAGAAACUGCCAGUACAAAUGCUCUGGGCCAUUGGGAAUUGAAGGAGGAAUCAUUUCAAACCAACAGAUUACUGCAUCAUCCACCCAUCGCGCUCUUUUUGGCCUCCAGAAAUGGUAUCCCUACUACGCUCGACUUAACAAGAAGGGUCUUGUAAAUGCUUGGACUGCUGCAGAAAAUGACAGAUGGCCAUGGAUUCAGAUCAACCUACAAAGAAAGAUGAGAAUCACUGGAGUAAUAACUCAAGGUGCCAAGAGAAUUGGAAGCCCAGAAUAUAUAAAAUCAUACAAAAUUGCAUACAGUAAUGAUGGUAAAUUAUGGGCAACAUACAAAGUGAAAGGCACAACUGAAGACAUGGUGUUCCGUGGAAAUGUGGACAACAAUACGCCUUAUGCAAAUUCUUUCACCCCACCAAUAAAAUCUCAGUACAUACGAUUAUAUCCUCAAGUUUGUAGAAGGCACUGUACUUUGCGAAUGGAACUCCUUGGAUGUGAAUUAUCAGGUUGCUCUGAACCUCUGGGGAUGAAAUCAGGACAUAUACAGGAUUAUCAGAUUACUGCUUCCAGUGUCUUCAGAACACUCAACAUGGACAUGUUUACAUGGGAACCUAGAAAAGCUCGACUAGACAAACAAGGCAAAGUGAACGCCUGGACGUCAGGACAUAGUGACCAGUCGCAGUGGCUGCAGAUUGAUCUUCUUGUUCCUACAAAAGUGACUGGCAUUAUUACCCAAGGCGCUAAAGAUUUUGGUCAUGUACAGUUCGUGGGCUCCUAUAAACUUGCCUACAGCAAUGAUGGAGAGCACUGGACCAUAUAUCAGGAUGAAAAGCAAAAAAAGGAUAAGGUUUUCCAGGGAAACUUUGACAACGACACCCACAGAAAGAACGUCAUUGACCCUGCAAUCUAUGCACGGCACAUAAGGAUCCUCCCUUGGUCAUGGUAUGGCAGGAUCACUUUACGGUCAGAGCUCUUGGGCUGUACAGAAGAGGACUGACGAGGAUCUUCACUUAACAGCACAACUCUUUGAUAUUCCUAAAAAAAAUAUCUCCAUAGAAGAAACUGUGCAAAACCUGUAGGAAAUUGAAUGGGUUUUUCAUGAACAAGUGCUCACUUUCUGGUAGGCCGCUAACUGUCUUUUGUAAGGAGGUCUAAGCCUGCCCUUAAAAUGGUCCAAAUCUGAUUUUAUUUUUUAUUUUUGGGGGUCCUUUUAAAUCUGUUCCAGUUAUUACUCUAUUUUUCUGUCGAAUUUACCUUUCAAGUUUUCUUCUGAGUUGUUCACGCUGGCUGAAAUAUGGUUAGGUUUAUAUAAAAAACAGCAGCAUCAUUUUUGCAAGGAAGAUGAAAGUGGCAUGACAGAGUUCACUUGUGAUUUGAGAAAGGGCAGGGGGGUUCAUUGUUUCCAAACUCACACAGUCAUCUUACUUGCAAGAAGUGAUCCUGCAGCUUUAGCAAUAAGUUUUUCCUCGGGGAUGACUGCAUUUUGAUUGUUUCCCUUGUGCCUAUCAAGCAUUGUCAAGAUUAAUGACACUUUUUGAAAGAAUUUCUGUGGUCUGCAGUCCUCCUAAUGUUACAAACUACCUUUUGUAAUUUUCCUUUUCAAAGAGCUGAGUCCACACAGCCUGGGUUUCAUUUCCACUUGUUUUGCUUUCCAUUAAGCAUGCUGUGGACAUCGUCACUGCCUUUUAUGUUUAAUCACAUUAACUACUGCUCUUUGCUUUCAAUGAGCCAACAUGGGUUUUAUGGGACAAAAUCUGCUGUUGGUACAUGUUGAUGGUUUUGUUGAUGAAUUCAGCUUUCCGUUGAAGGAUGCUGAGUAGAGAGACCAUGGACCAAAUCCGAGACUUAAGUAAUUGGAGCAGGGGGAGCAGGCACAUAUGGAUGCUGGUGAAAUAGCAUUCAUUUGCUCCUGCAUUUUCUUGCUUGACAAGAGCAGCCAGGGAGAUGACUUCUUUGAGAGGCCUCCUUUGGCUUAAUGGGUGAGGAUGAUAGUGAGAUC